ACCGGCAUCCUCGACGUCCAGAAGAUGCCGUCUUGCAUCGUCGUGUUUGGCAAUCCGCGGGAAUGUCCCAACGGUCGGCAGAUACGAAUAUUUCAGGCCGGAGUCCCGCUCCCAAUUACACACUGGCCGUGGGAGACCGAAGACGUCCUCGGGGGUUUGUUGCGAAGUCGGGACGACCGUUUGCAGCACUGCGGUCCACUGCUGCCGCUGCUGCUCCUCGUUGUCCUGUUGCUGCUCCUCGUGGUUCUCUUCCGCGUGUGCAUCCUUGGGAACGUGCCGCCGCGUCGACGAAAACAAGGUCUUCGAUGAAGGACGCCAGGAUGGAGGCACGGCAGGCGAUCCCCCGGUCCGGUGGGGAGCAGGUCGGAGGGAGGCGGUGCGGGGGGAGCCUGUCGACCGUUGGCAGGGCCUCCCAGCGGGUUGGGUAUGAUGCAUUGCCACCACACUUGCAACCACUCCCCGGCUCAUCGGACGAGGAGGAGGAGGUGGAGAGACGGCCACAAACCGUGUCGUAUGGCAGCGGAUCAACGCAGGAGUGGACAGCCACGGAGCUGUGCGGGACGGGCGGCGGCGUGUACGAGCAGUCGUUCACUGAACUCCUUCGGCCUGGCCUUGGCGAAGACGAAGGAGAUGGCCGCGUCAACCUGUCGUUUGGUUUGUCCACCGGGCGGUCUACAACUCCAUCGUGCACAGUGCUCGUGCGACCCCACCCCGGCGACGAAGGCGGGCAAUUGACAGCUGUUGAUCGAUCAGCGAGGACGAGGGCGUUGGCGAGUGAGACGGCGGGAGCGAACCGGAACUCGUCGACGGCCCAACCAUGGGCGACCUCUCUGUCCAAGGGCGCCCAGGGUCAGCCGGAGUGGAUGCAAUUGCCAUCUCCCCUGUCUGCGGCGUCGGAAGUGGCACGAGGCCGUGGCGUCGGAGUCUACGGCGGGACCGACUUCUUGGAUGUUGGUGAUGGUCGCGACGGGAGGGAGGUGUGGAGGGACCUGCGGCGGGAUCACCGGCUGCGGCGAGAGGAAUACAUCACACGGGGGGUGGAGCGUCUUUACGUGGGAGACCGGGAGAACGAGAAGGAGACGGACGAUCCACCGGCGGAAGCAGACGACGACGACGACGGCGACGACAAUGACGUAGACUGUGGGGCGGGAAGUCCAAGCCUUCCGGCCACAAUGCUCGUCCGCGGGCGAAGAAAGGGCAGGGAAAGGGGAGCGGUGGCGAAGGCGACGGGGAUGGGGCACGCAUACGCACGGAUGAAACCGCGGGAAUGGAAAUGGCAAGACGUCGCCCAAAGGUUUAAGAACGUCGGCGUGGACAGGAAUGCGGAGAAAUGCGGGAAGAAGUGGGACAAUCUAAUGCAGCAGUUCAAGAAAGUCCAUCACUUUCAAUCACUGUCAGGGGGUGCAGACUUUUUCCAGUUGUCAUCGAAGGAGAGGGCGAGCAGGGGCUUCAAUUUCACGAUGGAUCGCGCAGUUUAUGACGAGAUAGAGGGGUCGACUGGGAUGAACCACACCAUCCACCCGAAGAACGUGGCAGACACCGGUGCGUCUGGCGGCGUGCGCCCGCCUUCAACGUCGUAUGUGGAUCCUGAAUCGGUGGCGGACGGGGAAGGAGGUGCAGGGCGAGAAGACGAUGAGGAGGCGUCGACGCGAGGCUCUUCGCAGACGACGGGCACCCCCGACGGUUCUAGGAAAAGGAAGAGCGCAAGGCAGCAAACUUUCAAGGCGCUGACGGAAUGGAUGGAGAAACACGGGGAGCUAAUGGAGUCGACAAUGGAGAGUGCAAGCAAGCGGCAAUGCUCUAUCCAGGACGCCAUGUGGAAGUCUUUUUAUUGGCAACUUUUUUUGUUCAUUGGAUUUCGGCAUGCCACUGUUCAGAGGUGGCAUGCGUAGUAGAAGGUGUGCAUUGGUAGCGCAACGAAUAUCCAUAUGGGUGUUCUUUUUUAUCUUUGCAACGAUGCGUGGUCUUCUGUUUUCAUUCCAUCCAUCACUUGUUUAUUUUUUUGGAAAACGCAUGCACGACGGGUACGGUUUCAUCUCUCAUUGUUUGUUGAAUGUUCGUGGCAACAAAGUUAUGCGUCAUGGUUCGUGCGUAUCGAACGUCCAAUCCAUCCGUCCGCCUUCGUUUCCUAAAAAAAUAAAACCAAAAAAAAAUACAGCACACCACAUUGGAGCGAGAGAGGUAAACGAACAGGAAAUGCAAAGGUCGAUGCAGACAAAGCGGUGAACAUUCUUCGAAAUGAAGGAGCAGAACAACU